GGAUUCUCAUACCCGUCCCCGCGUCCGGCGACCCGAGCCGCCAUGCAGACGCACACGCAAAAAAGACAGCCGGAGGAAUGGGGGCAAGAGGAGGACCAUGCGGGCCAUGCGGACCAUGCAGCGGUGCAAGGCGGGUUCAUGGACGAUGGCAUGCCGUUUUACGCCUCUCCGGUGAUAACCACGACUUCCGUCCGCCAGCGCCAGGGACCAACAAAGACGAGCGACGGGCCGUGGAAGCAGAGGGUGACGCAGGGAAAUGGCGGCAUGUGGGCGGAGGGCGUUCAGCACUGA